AUGCAAGUUGAUACACCCGUGCAACAAGCAGCAUCAGCGCCUGCCACAUUACCCGCGGGUAUCGAACUAAAAGCAACCCUCACAGGACAUACAGACCGUGUUUGGCACAUCGCACCGCAUCCACAACGGCCCCUACUUGCAACGGCCUCCGCAGACAAAACAGUCCGUAUCUAUGCUACAAACGACUAUCAUCUCAUGGGUAUUGUCGAGGGUAAUCAUAAACGCAGUAUUCGGUGUUGCGACUGGAAGCACGGCGAGACAAAGCCUGUGCUUGCAACAGCGUCCUUUGACUCAACAGCCGGGAUCUGGGAUUGCGUCGGGGAUGAAGAGACGGGUGAAGGCGAGUGGGAAUGUGCCGGCCUGCUUGAAGGUCAUGAGAAUGAAGUCAAGUGCGUCGCUUGGUCAGCGAGUGGCACAUUACUCGCAACCUGCUCAAGAGACAAGAGUAUCUGGAUCUGGGAGGCGGAAAACUAUGAAGACCCAGAGUGUGUGAGUGUAAUGCAAGAACACAGUGGUGAUGUCAAGUGCGUUGUUUGGCACCCACAGGAAGAAUUGCUUGCAAGUGGCAGCUACGACGAUGAUAUCCGGCUCUGGCGCGACGACGGCGAUGAUUGGAUCUGUUGUGCUAUUCUCAAAGGCCACGAUGGCACUGUCUGGCAGCUCGACUUUGAGGGCGGUAAUGGACUGGGUCAACGGCUCGUGAGUGUGAGUGGUGAUGGCACUGCGCGGAUAUGGCGGAGAACGAGUGAUCCUGCUGCAAAGGGAAAAGACCCUGCUGCACUGCCUUCCAUCAUCAGGCCAUCUAUGGAUCAGGUUUGGGAGGAAGAGACACAGUUGCCAGCCAAGCACGAGGGAGACAUCUACACUGUUUCCUGGAGCAAAAAUACCGGCCGCAUUGCUACAUCAGGUGCAGAUGGCAGUGUUAUCAUCUACAAGCAAAGAACGGAUGGUUCAUUCCCUGAGCAGGGUAUGAACACUUGGGACGUUGUCCUGACACUGGAGAAUGGUCAUGGCGUGAGUGAAAUCAACCAUGUCACUUGGGGCGGCCUUUCCGCAGAUGGCAAGAGUGAGCUUCUCUAUACUGCUGGCGAUGACUGUGUGAGUCGUGUAUGGGCCGUAGCCGUCUAG